CUCUAGCCUGCGGCCCGCCAGCCCGCUUCCGUCAGCCUCACUGGGGCUUCCUGCCGUCUUGCUUCGCGUUUCCCUCUGCGUUCCCUCCGCGCUGCAGGAGGCUGUGGUCCCAAUGCUCCCCAAACGGCGGCGAGAGCGGGUCGGGUCACCUAGCGACGAUGCCGCUUCCUCCACGCCGCCCUCGACGUGCUUCCCCGGAGUCGCCAUCUACCUGGUCGAGCCUCGCAUGGGUCGCAGCCGCCGGGCCUUCCUCACACGCCUGGCGCGCUCCAAAGGCUUCCGCGUCCUUGACGCCUGCAGCUCCGAAGCGACACAUGUUGUGAUGGAAGAGACCUCAGCAGAGGAGGCCGUCAGCUGGCAGGAGCGCAGGAUGGCAGCUGCUCCCCCGGGUUGCACCCCGCCAGCUCUGGUGGACAUAAGCUGGUUAACAGAGAGCCUGGGAGCCGGGCAGCCUGUACCUGUGGAGUGCCGGCACCGCCUGGAGGUGGCUGGGCCAAGGAAGGGGCCUCUGAGCCCAGCAUGGAUGCCUGCCUAUGCCUGCCAGCGCCCCACGCCCCUCACGCACCACAACACUGGCCUCUCGGAGGCUCUGGAGACACUGGCUGAGGCAGCGGGCUUUGAAGGCAGUGAGGGCCGCCUCCUCACCUUCUGCAGAGCAGCCUCGGUGCUCAAGGCCCUUGCCAGCCCUGUCACAACCCUGAGCCAGCUGCAGGGGCUUCCCCACCUUGGAGAACACUCCUCUAGGGUUGUCCAGGAGCUGCUAGAGCAUGGAGUGUGUGAGGAGGUGGAGAGAGUUCGGCGCUCAGAGAGGUACCAGACCAUGAAGCUCUUCACCCAGAUCUUCGGGGUCGGUGUGAGGACUGCUGACCGGUGGUACCGGGAAGGACUGCGAACCUUGGAUGACCUCCGAGAGCAGCCCCAGAAACUAACCCAACAGCAGAAAGCGGGGCUCCAGCACCACCAGGACCUGAGCACCCCAGUCCUGCGGUCCGAUGUAGAUGCCCUGCAGCAGGCGGUGGAGGAAGCUGUGGGGCAGGCCCUGCCUGGGGCCACCGUCACGCUGACUGGCGGCUUCCGCAGGGGGAAGUUGCAGGGCCAUGACGUGGACUUCCUCAUCACCCACCCCAAGGAGGGUCAGGAGGCGGGGCUGCUGCCCAGAGUGAUGCGCUGCCUGCAGGACCAGGGCCUCAUCCUAUACCACCAGCACCAGCACAGCCGCUGGGAGUCCCCUACCCGCCUGGCCCAACAGAGCCACAUGGACGCUUUUGAGAGAAGUUUCUGCAUUUUCCGCCUACCACAACCUCCAGGGGCUGCUGUUGGGGGAUCCACGAGGCCCUGCCCAUCCUGGAAGGCUGUGAGGGUGGACUUGGUAGUCGCACCCAUCAGCCAGUUCCCUUUCGCCCUGCUCGGUUGGACUGGCUCCAAGCUUUUCCAGCGGGAGCUGCGCCGCUUCAGCCGGAAGGAGAAGGGCCUGUGGCUGAACAGCCAUGGGCUGUUUGACCCGGAGGAGGUACAUUGUUGGGGACUGGGGACAGCAAACAGCACCCAUAGUCUGCUCUCUGACCCACAAUCUGAAAUGGCCCCGGACCCCUCUAGCCUGAAACCCAUAGGACCUGAAUCUGGGUCUCCACACGCAGUUCCUGGCCCUCAAGAGCACACCCCACCUCAGCUCUGGGCUCUUCCCCUGCCCUCAGUCUUCCUGCAGGGAAGCAGCAGUGGCAUGACUCCUAGGUCACGGAAGUCCUGCUUCUGUUGCAGAAGACAUUUUUCCAUGCGGCUUCAGAGGAAGACAUCUUCAGACACCUGGGCCUUGAGUACCUUCCUCCAGAGCAGAGAAAUGCCUGAGCCUGCCUGUGUCCCCCACUUCCACUCAGGAAAUCGGGCUGCCCCCAACCUGGCCACUGAAUGUCUCCAGGCAGAUAUGCUGCCCCCCCCGACCCCCACCUUCACCCCUCCCUGCCAGGGCCUGGCUCUGCCGGAGGUCAGUUGUGCCUGAAGGAUCAGUUGAGCCCCUGCUUGUGUGCUGCAGGGUGUGGUGAGGUGGGAGCCCUUGGUGCCAGCCUCAUCGCUGUGUGACCUUGGGUCUGCUCUUAGCCUCCUCAUGGCUCACAUUCCUGCCCUGGAUGGGAUGUGAGCGGGGCCCACUUCGUGGAGCCGUGGCGGGGCCUGCAGUCAUGAAUGGCAAGUGGUCCCUGAUGUGCAGUGUCCCAUCAGUUGCACUGCAGUUACUAUGGCUCCUGCAGGGCACCCUACCCAGAGUGCCCAGAAGAGAACCGUGCAUACCUGCGCUGCGUUUGAGAGCCAUGAGCUGGAGGCUUGGUUCUUGACAGCAAGGAGCCUACUGUCUGGUGUGCUGUAGGCAUCUGGAGAGGGAGAGGGCCUGGGUAGGAGUUAGGAGGAAGAUAAUUUUCAACUAUGGGGAUUCAGUACUGCAGCGCCCCAAGCCAGGCUCUGUGCUUCUGCCUUUAAGGCCUGUUCUCAGCACAGUGUCUCAAAAAUAGGUCAUAUCCUGCCACUCCCAUUGCAGAGCCCUUUAAUGGUUCCAAACCCUAAGUCCACACAUAGCUCCUGGCUCUGGCAUCUCUCCAGCCCCACUGGCCCCGAGCUGCUUGACUCACCAGCUUCCUAUUUGAUGCACCCAGGCCCCCUUGUGGCCAACUCCCUCCUCUUUUCACUGAGGCAGAAGCACUGAGGUGGGCUGGACAUGGGUGCCCUCCACGUCCCUCAUAUCCCCAGGCACACUCUGGCCUCAGGUUUUGCCCUGGCCGUGUCAUCCACCUGGAGAGGGCCCUCCCUUUCUUCAGGCCUUGAAUCAAAAGUCACUUUGUUAGGCGAGGAUUUCCCAGACCACUCAUCACAUUAAAAAAUAUUUUGAAAAUGAA